GCACGACACUAGAGAAGGUAGCACGAGGGUGCAAUUGGGUUAAUAAUAAGCUAGGACGCAAGUUAAGUCAACACGUCGUGGGAUGUUAAAUAAGAGAUUGAGGCGUACAGCGAUCAUCAGUAAGAAAGAAAGGAUGUAAGAAAUGUGACCAACCCAAGUAGAAUCUCAAAGGCUCUCAAGAUCAAGUACCUCAUCGACAUGAUGGAUAGUAGUUUUUUCAAUUAGUUAACCAACUACUUGGACGUUAGCGAACAGAUCCUCAUCAUCAACCUAGAGAAGGAAGGAGGAAUGUUGCAAAGGUCUGUGGAGGUAGAAUCAAAUGUGCGAGGACUUCAACUCCAAACACCAGCAAAGAGGUGCCAAUUGAAAGGGAAUACCUCAAGGAUUUUGAAGGAGUUGAGAGAGUAGUACGAGGAUUCUACUACUAGGCAGCAGGGCGAGGAUCUAAUAAGCAAAAGCAAACAAAUAGGAGAACUAUGAAUCUCCGAAGAAAGAGCUACAGUCACUAGAUGUCAGUAGCUAUAAUAAUGGGAGGAUUUCAGGGUCCUUGACCCUAAGCAGUGGCGAGGAAGCAACGAGCCAAGAAACGAAGAGGUACCACGAGAAGUCCCUCAACUAGUUUUAGUGGUCAACGCUAUUACAACAUAGUGACAAGGAGCAGUGAAAAGCUUAGACUUCAAGAGAAGCUAGGGUAGUGUAAAUGAAGUAAAUGAGGAAGUAAGUAGGUUAAAGGGGGUAUGAAAGGACGUCAAGAAGUCAAUAGAUUAAGGAGGAGGGGAGGCAUGGUCAUUUACAUAUGACGAUGAAGGAACCCUUGUAGAUAAAUAUGUCAUCCAGAAGAGGGUACAUGACCUGGGCAAUUAGGUCGGUAGCAAGCCUUUAUAAGAAACCAGACAAGAGUCAAGAUGAUCGAGGUAGAAAACAAACUUGGAUCAAGAAUAAAAAUGUGCUAGUGAACAAGGUCAAGCUAGAAAGAGGAUGUAUUGGGAUAUGAGAGACCCUACAAACUACCCAGAUCACAAAAGGUCAGGAGGUCGUUGAGACCAUUGAAAGGGGGAAUGCAAGAGUUCACGAUGAUUUGUUAUGGGAUUGUCCUAUCCUAAGUGGAGGGAACACCUAGCCACCUAGGGUACAAGAGGGGUGACAGAAGGAGGAACCUCUCUACUAAGUUGGAACUAGAGGGCUGAGAUCUCAGAACUAGCUAUAGAGUAAGAUCAAAGCUGGUGCCAACCGAGUAUAGACAAGUAAAUGGAAUGCUCAAUAAAUGUUCUAGUGAAUGGCAGAGAAUUUGAGGAAACACAUGGAAAUUCCGAUGAAGGAUUGAGAAUAUGUGUAGGUGACUCAGUGUACAAGAAAAUGCAUAGUGGAGUACGACGAGGAAAAGCAUUACCAAGAAGGAGGAAAUCAUUAAGUUACCUUACCCAAGGUGCCCCACUCUGAGCGAGUACGACAUAGUAGGAUGUCAUCCAUAAAGGAAGGCCAGUUAAGGAUAAAUUAGUGAUAUUUAGUUAAGCCACUGAAAGCCAUGACUAAGAGAUUAAGGAUAUGUACAAGCAUCGGUCGAGACAAAAGACGUGGAUGAGGUAUGUUCAAGCCUACCAGGGGCAAGCCAUUAUUGGAAGCUUUGACCCAAAACAACAACGAGCAGAUACUCAACAGAGUUUGGUGACCGAAAAUAGUACAAAGCAUCAACAGAAGGGUAGUAAAAGUAAAGAAGCAAGGAGAACAUCAUAGGACGCUAAAGGAAAUAAAAUAAAAUAAAAUAAAAUAAAAGAGUGGUUGCCGACCGGACAAUGAAUGCGUGAAAGAUGAUAGUUGGGACGUGGUCAAGCACCAUCGUGAGUAGAAGUCGUGGGUGUCAUCUGUCAAGUCUACCUAGAGAAAGUUUCUAGUGGAAAUGUUGGCUCUGACGUAUGGCGAGGAGCUACUAAACUGAGUAGAUCAAAGCUAGUACCAAGCAUCGAUGAAGGAGUUGUGGAAGUAAGGAGGAAAUCACAAGGCUAUAAUGAAAGUUAUGGUGAAAAGGGUGGUAGUUGAUAAAACGACAGAUUCAGAGAGAAAGAUAGUUAGGAAGAGCCGGUGAAAGAAUAUGAAGGUCAACAAGGAGGCGUUAAGGUGAUUGCCAGUGGAGAAUAAGUUGGACCAUAGGAAGCCCAUCAAGAACUGAGAAGCUCAAUGGUCAACUUUAAAGUAGAAGUGGGGUGGUCCAGAACGGUCGAAGAGAAAAGCCUUAUGGUCAAGAGUACAUAUAAGAACUAUCGUAAGCUAUUCAAGACAAGGUAACGGCACGCCAUUGAAGUUCAUAUAGAAAGAGUGAAAUGUUGAGCCAAAGAAGCACGAGAAUGAGUGAGUUAUCAUUCGACCAAGAAGCACACAAAUUAGAGGGAAGGAAUCAUAGCUCGAGGUUGUACAAAGUAAAUGAAGUAUAAAUCCCGAUAGUGGAAGGAUUACCUCAAGUGGGACUUUGGGUUGUCAAGAUGAACAAAUUUCGAGGUCGAAAUUUUUCUUAAGGAGGGGGGAAUGUGAUUCCUCGACUUCGAUUUAAGGUCCAACAAGUACUGACUGAGCUAUACCAAUAAAUUGAAUCGAAAAUUUUGUUCCUUCACCCAAAUGGUGGAAUUUGUAAGGACAAGUAGCCACUCAAAGCUACUCGAUGCUAGCGAGCUGGUUGAGAACACCUUUUAUGCUGAAGAGGAAAUAACUUGAGGUAAGGUAAACUAUACGGGACAAGCAACGGACAUCAUCGAAGUUCAUAAAGCGAGAGUAAAUUUUUGAGGCAAGGAAGUACCAGAAUGGUGUUGGCAAAGGAAUGAGAUUCAAGCAAAUUUCGGGGACGAAAUUUUUAUAAGGGUGGAGGAAAUGUUACACCCCGACCUUUGGGUUCAGCUUCGACCAUAAUACGUGAACGGUUGGAUUAACGGUUACGUACGAAGAGUUGCAACCGGGGAUUAGGAAUAAUAAUAAUAAUAAUAAUAAUAAUAAUAAUAAUAAUAACUAUUAUUACUAUUAUUAUUAUUAGUAUUAGUAUAAAAAAAAACUUCCGUCUCCACUCCGCUUCAAAUUCUAGGGUUCCUCGUUCUCCCAUUCCGCUCCAAGCUUUUCAAGAGAUCAAUUACGAUGGAAGCGAAAUCAGUGCAUGGCGUUGCGUGGUGAUUUCGGAUGAGCAAGUGGUGCAGAUGACCACCAUUAAUGAUGCGCUGAGGGAGAGGCGCCAAUUCCUACAGCUCGAGAGCUGCCUGCUUCCUGACCAGCUAGCUUGCAGCGGCAAUCGCCCUUCCUUCCCGGCCAUCACCUGCUUCAGUUAAUCGCAAACGUGGGCCUCUACAAGCAAGUAGGACAAAGCAACCAGGACCAUUGUUCAAUUCGGCGGGAUUAGUAAUGUCGGUCUGAUCGAGCCAGCUGGGUUCUGACUUAAGAGACCAGUUCAUGGAAUUGGAACUCCGAUCAUGGCGGAUGCGGGGCUGGUCGAGGAGAUGGUGAACGUCGAAGAGGGAGGGAAGAUUGUUCCCAGCUCGUUGGAAUCAGGAAGUAGCAGUGUGGAGAUGGGGAGGAGCUUCGAUCAUCUUGAACAGGAUCAUCAUGAUUUGUCAAAUUUUCUCAUGGUACUUGGAUGCGCCUUCUUCAUUGGGGGGAUUGUUCAUCGUGAUAAGAAGGUUCAGGUUUUCAAUAAGGCAGCUCCAGUUGUUGAUUCUGGAUUGUUGCUGGUGGCAGUGAUGGGGAUCAUGAUACCAGGUGUGCUUCAUUCAACUAACACAGAAGUUCAGCUCGGAAAAUCAGAGUUGUCGCUUUCAAGGUUCAGCAGCUGCAUGAUGCUCCUCGCAUAUGCUAGUUACCUUUUCUUCCAGCUUAAAAGUCACAGCUACUGGGAACUCUACUGCAUACGCCGCCACCAUAAUGGUUGCCACCAAAGAUAAGCUUGAUUUAACCCUUGGCGUUGCGAUUGGAUCAUCCACUCAGAUAGCCAUGUUUGCGAUCCUUUUUUUAUGUGGUGGUUGGGUGGAUAGUGAACCAACCAAUGGACUUGAACUUCCAACUCUUUGAGACGGCUACCCUUUUGAUCAUCAUGGUGAUUGUUGCAUAUACACUACAGGGCUUAACGUGAAGCUGGUCUAUUCCAAACCCGACCAAUACAAGAAAGAGGAAGAACUUGGAACCUCUGAGCACAACCAACAAAACCUAUCGAACUUAUAGGUGGAGACCUUCAACGGUUAAGUAAGGUGAGUGUAAAGGGGGUAAAUUCUACGCCUUACGUAUUCUUUUAAGUAUUAUGAUUUUAAGUAUUGUAGCGAUUUGGUUAUCGUUGCUUGGUUAUGUGUAUGAUUGAUUAUUUGUGCUUUGCUUGAGUUAGUUUGAGGUGUUUUUGUUUGAGUUAUGACUUGAAGUGAAUGGUUAUUAUUUACCUUGAAAAUUUUAUGAGUAUAAGUUAUUGUUAAAGUUUAAGAAACAAGGUCUUUUUAAGAAGUAGCUCACCUUCAAGAAAGUGAAGUCGAUUUAAUUGUUUUUAGUCACUAGCGCCAGUCCGUUGCCAUUAAGAUUUUCAGAUAGAGCAGCAGUUAUGCUCUUCAGACUUUUAAGAUGAGCAGCAGUUAUGCUCUUGAGAAUCGUGGUGAAGAGCCACCACGAUAAGUUUAAGAUGUUAGGGGGAUGAAUCGUUACGACUUCCCUAACUAAGUUUAAGUUUAAGGAAAGCCUGAGUGGCUUCUCAUGCGUAUGAGUUGGCAACUAGACUAGCUAGUGAGGGAUCCCGUGUCAGUCAAGUUUUUAAGUUAAGAUUUGAGCUUUAAGAGAGGAGAGUAACUGCAACUCCCUCAAAGUUUAAGAGUUAAGAUUUUAAGAUUGGAAGUACAAAAAACUUCCCUCAGUAUGAGUUUAAGUGUUUGAGAAGAAGUGCAACAUUAUUAGAACGUUUAAAACGUAAGGGCGUAGACUGACCCCAUCUCACUCACCAAUUUGAGGAGUAAGAGGAGCAGUUAGUGAGCAGCGAGUUCGAGGGCAGCCAGCUAGAGGAGAGCAGUAUAAGUGUCACGGAGGAUGCUUAGUCAAAGAUUUCAGUAGCAACAACUUCAGGGUAUUAGUUAUUUACAUUUACGAUUAUGAGUACAGACUUGAGAUUAUUUUGAGAUCAGACUGAGAUUUUCAAGUUUGAGUUUAGUUUGCCCACGUGUUAGGGCUUUGCCUUGAACUACAAGUGUGUGUUUUCAGUAUUUUAUUUAUUAAAAAUUUUCUCAGUUG